AUGAUUGUCAGUCAAUAGACAGUCUGACAUUUCUGAAUUUUGAGCUGUGUGGAAACAGUUUUUCUUUACUCCAUCAUGUCUGGGAUCCUCGAUAAUUGUCAGUUACCAAAGUGUGAUUGUAUCGAGCUUGGAGAAAGGCGGAAUGCCGUCGUUUCAAUUGUUGCAGGGGUAUUGUUCUUUGUUGGCUGGUGGUGUGCCAUAGAUGCUGCGGCCCUGGUACCAGACAAUGCUGAUUUUAACCAUGCUUAUCACACGUGUGGAGCCAUAGGCACUCUGGCAUUCUUUAUAAUCAAUUCUGUAUCAAAUGGACAAAUCCGAGGGGAGGCCUACACUACUGGAUGUAUAGGACAAACAGGUGCCCGUGUCUGGUUGUUCUUGGGAUUUCUCUUGUCCUUUGGAUCUCUCAUUGCCGCCUCAUGGAUUCUAUUUGGAUUUUAUGUUGUACAAGGUGAUCAACAAUAUCAAUGGCCAGGGAUAGCUAUCUUCCUGCAGAAUGCUCUGAUAUUUUUCAGUUCCUUGAUUUUCAAGUUUGGCCGAACUGAAGAUUUGUGGGGAUAGAAAACAACAAAAGAAUUAAGUACCAAUGCAAUAUUCCCGUUCAUCUAUAUCUACUUAAAUAUAAGGAUGACAAAAGACAAUAUUCAUUACAAAAGAGCAACUUAAAGAGCAAAAACACUGGAAAUGUUCUAUGGAGCAUAAGACUGAAAAUAUUCUAUGGGGCAUAACAUUGGAAAUGGUCAACAGAGCAUAACAUUGGAAAUGUUCUAAUUAUCAUUAACACUGGAAAUGGUCAACAGAGCAUAACAUUGGAAAUGGUCAACAGAGCAUAACACUAGUACUGGAAAUGUUCAACAGAGCAUAAACAGUGGAAAUGUUCUAUGGGAAAUAACAGUGAAAAUGUUCAACAGAGCAUAACACUUGUACUGGAGAUGUUGAACAGAGCAUAACAUUGGAAAUGUUCUAAUUAUCAUAACACUGGAAAUUUUCAACAGAGCAUAACAUUAGAAAUGGUCAACAGAGCAUAACACUAGUACUGGAAAUGUUCAACAGAGCAUAAACAGUGGAAAUGUUCUAUGGGGAAUAACAGUGAAAAUGUUCAACAGAGCAUAACACUUGUACUUGAGAUGUUGAACAGAGCAUAACAUUGAAAAUGUUCUAAUUAUCAUAACACUGGAAAUGUUCAACAGAGCAUAUAUAACACUGGAAAUGUUCAACAGAGCAUAUACAACAUUGGAAAUGUUCAACAGAGAAUAACACUAGAAAUAAUAUACAGGGGAUAACACUGUAAAUGUUAAACAGAGUAUAACACUGGAAAUGUUCAACAGAGCACUACUGUUUACUCUAAGUAAGCUUGUAGAAUUUUUUUAGAAAUAUUUCUUGUGAGCUUCUUAUGAAUUGUGCCAUUUUAUAAUUCAAAUCCACCUUGGCAUAAAUUCUAGAAGUAUGUAUUUUAGAAAAACCAAAUUGUUAGAAGGGUAUCAUUGGAAUUUCCUUUACUAUUAAUGGUAUGCUAAAAAUCUUGUUGACAAAGGGAAAUAACUCUAUUAUAUGAGAAUGUAAGUGCUACUGUUUUAUACCUGCAGUUUGGGUAUGUAUUCAGUUAAAUAAAUCGACGUUUUUCGAAGGGAAAACUCCAUUGUUGAUAGAAUAACUAAGAUAUACAGUUAACUGUGAAAAAAAGAUGUUGAAUAAAAAAAAUGAAUAAAAAGGUGAUUUUUACUUAAUAUUUUAUAUGUUAACAUGGAGGAACUGUUCUCGCAUCUCUUCAUAUACAUUAUGUAUAUAUAUCAUUAUAGAUGAAGUAUUUUGUAUAUUUCAUUUCAUGAAGCAAUUUCAUAUUUUAGCAAUCAACUAUUGUAAACUUGUGUAACAAUAAGGCUUGAUUAUUUAUAGAACUUUGAUGAUAUUGUUUAAAUCAGUUUUUUGUGAACAAGUACAGAUUUGGUGAUAUUAUUUAAAUCAAAUUGUUUUUGUGAACAGGUAUUGCAUACCUGUCAUAUUUCUGUUAACUUUAUUGAAGUAACGUAUAUGUGUGCGUAAAAACUGUGCAUCCAACACGGAGAUUCAUUUAAUGGUCCGAUUUAUUGGAGAGCGUUAUUGAAGUAUUACGUUUGUGGAAAGUACAGAAAAAUCUGAACAGGUAGCACACCUGUGUGAAUUAUUAUCAGGGCAUCUAGUUGACUUUUGAGAGUACAUGUAUAUGGUUUGGACUCCCCAAAAUGAUAUAAUAUCUGACUCAUGUGGAAUUGAAGGGAUAUUUGACAUUUUUUGUCCCUUCAGAUUCCUGUGACCUAGCUAUGGUAGUUAUUUAAGUUCUGAAAUUGCUAAAAAAAUCAAGGGUCAACUUGAUGCCCUGUUUAAGAAAAACUAUUUUUAAUAAAAUUAUAUAUACAUUACCACUUACAUUUGUAAAGUUUUACAGUCAGAUUGUGGUCAUGUCAUUUCUUUUUCAUUUUCUUCUUUUAAAAUCAUCAGAGAAAUGGGUUAAAAGUCAACUGGAAAGAAGAAAUCUGAAAUGGAGUAUUAAAAUGGCUAUUCUGUAUAAUGAUAAUAUCGACCAUUUUAGGAAAGUUGAGAGGCACAAAAUGUAUGUAGUAAUAUAUUUCCUGAAGGCAGUUUUCAUGGAAACAGUUUGUUCCAGAAAUAGAGAUGAGAGAUAGGUCUGUAGAUAGAUAUUGAUCUGUUUUUAACAUCUAGUUACUUUGAAAAUCCAAGGGUUCCACUCGUACCUUUGCUGCUUCCUUGGUUAUGACAAAAUCAAAUCACUAUACACCAGCUUCAUUAUAAUAAAUGCUUAUUGCAUGGCUUUCCAUGAACAAUAAUCCCUGUAGUCUUUAAACAGAGGGUAUCAACAUUGUGAUUGGUCAGUUUUUCAUGGCCGUAACAAAUCAAACAGCUAUCUAUAAGCAUUUCAUUUGGCCACUUAUUCAAAGAGUCCAGGGAAAAUAAGGUGCAAGGAAAAUAAUUUUACAGGGAAAAUACAGUGAGAAUGGAACCCAUGGAUUUUGAAGGUGAAUUUUUAUAGACAUUGACUCCUAAUACAAUCAUGCUUUCUAGGUUCAAUAUGUAGGUCUCCGUCUGGUAGAAGUUCAUUCAUUUUUGGCUUGUUAUGCCUAGCAUUUGAUUAAAGGCCUUGUAAUCUGAUAGUCUGAGCGUAUUAUUUAAUUUAAUGUUUUCGUUAUAUAAUUAUAUUGUAAAAUAUUUAUGUGAUUGUAUACAAUACAUACAUAUGUGUUUAUUGUACAGCCUUGAGUAUACAUUGUUGCUUUGUAUAUAAAUUCAAUAUUUUAUGUAAUGAAAACGUGAAUAAAGUUAUUUGCCAAAACAG